GGCAUACUGGACAGUCCGUCCGUGUGUGUGCGUGCCCACUGCUCUCCUGUCCAACAGAUGCUAAUGAUGGAGUUAGUGCUUCGGAGCAGUUACCGUCGGCACGGAAACGAGAGUCCGGUUGGUGGGUCUGCGGUUGCCGCGACCGCAAGAGCCAUUUGCCGGUGGCUGACUCCUAAAGCCGAGGAUAAGGCGGGAUUAGGCGAACUGGCUUAA